AGAAAGUAAGCUCAAUGAAUUACUACGCAUAUCGUUUGAUGAUUCGUCAAAAUACUGACAACUAUUUGCUGCGGUUUCGUCGAUUGUUUCAGCAGUACUGCGUUGACAUGUAUGUAAAAAUAGAAACUGAACGUUUAACAUUCAUUAGGUUGAACCAAUCCAAACUGCGUUCUGAGGAGUACAUCCAUUUACGUGAUGCAGUUAGUACUGAAGAAAAUGCAGCUAAUAUUGGGCGACUAACUAUUCUGCCAGCGACGUACAUUGGUAGUCCACGUCAUAUGCAUGAAUAUGCACAAGAUGCAAUGACAUAUGUUCGUCAUUACGGUCGGCCAGAUCUUUUUAUUACUUUUACCUGUAAUCCAAAAUGGAUAGAAAUUACUCAAUUGCUGCUUCCUGGACAAACAUCAAAUGAUAGACCCGACAUCACAGCACGUAUUUUCAGGCAAAAAAUUCGGUCUCUGAAGAACUUUAUUGUUAAACAACGCGUCUUUGGAGAUACUCGAUGCUGGAUGUAUUCAAUCGAAUGGCAAAAGCGAGGCCUGCCGCACGCACACAUUCUUAUUUGGUUAGUGGAAAGAAUUCAACCUGACCAAAUAGAUGAUAUCAUAUGUGCCGAGAUUCCUGAUUAUGAAGUCGAUCCAGACCUACAUGACGUUAUUACUACAAAUAUGAUUCAUGGACCGUGUGGUGCCAUCAAUCCCCAAUCGCCUUGCAUGGUCAAUGGUACUUGACCAUUGCCGAUAGUCAGCAAUUGCUUCGAGAAAUCUUCAGCAGAUGUAUCAUUAAGCAAUGAAACAUGGAAGAACAACUUGAUCGACGCCUAUGUACCAAAAUACAGAAAUAAAAAUUAAA